AUGACCUUACUAAGGAGGAGGGAGAUCAGUCGCAGCCCACCCCAGUUUGGAAGGCAACUUGGAGGAUCCCGGGGCCGCAACGCACUAGAACCUUGUUCUGGCUGGUGCUCCAUAACCGUUUGCUCACUAACGCCGAAAGGCUUCGCCGGCACUUGUCGUCGAUGGACAAAUGUCCAGUAUGUGGGGAAGGACCAGAGACCUCCAUUCAUGUCGUUCGAGUCUCUCUGGCUGAAUCAUAAUGCUUGGGUGUUCGAAAAGCAUAUUGCGGUGCCAGCCUCCUUGGCUGCUCGGGUGAGAAUGAUCAGACAGCAGGUCUUGGCGGCCACCCAAGCUGCUCAGACAGUCAUGGGAGAAAACCAGUAG